AUGUGUAACAAAACGGGCAAUACCCCAGAUGACGAUGCGUUCUUUGGGGAACUGUGGUUACAAAAGUUACCACAGGACGUUCAAUUCCUUCUUGCUCCAGCCCAAGACAUGCCUAUAGAAUGUGUGACGGUUAUGGCAGAUCAUUCCAUGCAAUACCGUCAACCCUCAGUCGCUGCGGUUACCCCCACCGUCCCUUCAGCCACAUCCGUUGACGGCCUCUUUCAGGCUUUCAUCGAAAAACUUAAUGGUUUCAACACGGAUAGAAAUUCGAGAGGCGCCCAUUUUAGUGGAAAACCGCAAUCCAGCAAUCGCCGUACGUCUAAAUUGCCCAAUGAUAGUCAGAAGUUAUGUUGGUAUCACGCACGCUAUGGUAAGGAUGCUGCCAAAUGCAUCCACCCGUGUUUGUGGAAAGGUCAACCUCCUUCGGGAAAAGACUAG